AUGAACGGCCGUCCACACAAACAGUCCAUGUCGGAGCUCAAGCUUCGCCGCCUGACGGAGCACAAUCAGCGGCUGAAGGAGGACCUCGCGAGGCCACGAAUCAGAGUCAGCGAAGCCAGCGCGAGUUUGAUCCGGUAUUGCAAAACGACGAAGGAUCCCCUCGUACCAUCAGUAUGGGGUCCUGUAGCGCGCAACGAAGAUCCUUAUGCGCAACAAAGUGGGGGAGGAAAGGGCUGCUGCGUCAUCCAGUGA